AUGGCUGCUAUGGAGCCGGAUCCACCUCCGGACCUCCAAAAAUUUCCUUCAAAAGAUGGAGUGGUAGAUAUCGACGAGACGAAUCCAACGCAAAAGGAAUCGUCUCAAUCCGACAUCCGAAGCUCCGGGAAUGUUGAAAAAACAGCCGCGAUUACUGUUCAUCUUCUCCAAGAACAUGCUGUCGUUGAUCGAGAAAUCGAUUUUAAUUCAAAUUCUGUGAUUUGUUUUGAAAAAACACCAAUUGGGGAUGUUAGAGAAACAUCUAAUCUACAACAUAUCAGAAAUUCAAGUGAUUUCACCGUGGCAAUUGAGAGAAACGAAGCUGCGACUGUUCAGGGAAAUUCUGGCGAAUCGCCAGCCAAUCGGACUGCGAUUUGGACGUCUUACGGCGACAUUCGAGAUGGCGCACUACCUGGGUUUUGUAACCCACCUCGAGGCGCCCCUCAUACUAAAAUCCUAACUCCAUUGGACGACGGUGGCGCCGGCGAUACACUGUCGAAUUCCGACGUCGGAGUUCCGGCGACAUUCGAGCUUCCAGACCAAUGCCAUCUUGUAGAGGAGCUCAAUACGAGUACAAUCAUACAAAAAUCGCCACCAUCCUCUAAGUCAAACUUGUCGAAUAUCAAUUCGAAUAAUUCCGGCGGUGAGGCGAUUUCAGGCAGUGGCGGCGCCGCCGCAAGUGAUGGUGAAAACUCGAAAUUGUCAGUGGGUUUUGUGGAUGAUCAUACAAGGAACACCAUUAACCAAAAAGCCCCAUCAUCCACAACUCCUAACACUUUGAAUUUGGAAAUUAGGGUUGCACCACCACCUGCCGGAGGCGGCGCAGCGGCGGAGCCCCAAACUCAAAAUUGGCAAUGCCAAACUGCUCAACACAAUGAGGGGAGUCCACCAAUGCAAAAAGCCCCAUCAGGUAUGCCUCAUUUCAAUUCGAAUUUGACUUUUAGGGUUUCCAAUUUGUCUAGUACUGACACCAGUGGUAGCGCCGGAUCUCCGGCGACCGGAAAAAAUAUUUUUGAAUUGAAUUUUAAUCCCCAGCAUCAAACUAACCCACAAGAACAAAUAUUUUCCAAAAAAGAUCCCUCCAACAAUUCAAACGUCGAUUCUAGUCUUGAUCCUAAAGAAAAAACCACCGGAACCAUCUUUCCGGUGAACGCCCAAAAUAAGUCUCAAAGUAAAAGUAACCCUCAUACUCUUAGGAAUGAAAUAAACCAAACAACACAAUUUUUAGGCACCUCCAACUCAAAUUCUAAAAUUCCAACUUGUGUCACUAGGGGCGAAAACAGUCUUAUCGUGCCCGAAGCUGUUUUGGUUGAUCGUAUCACCACCUUGGGCAAUCCUAGCACCUCCACUAAUCCUAAACAUACCAACCACCCUCCCGUUUCAGACUUUCCCCCCAUCUCAUCCAAUUUCCAAAAAUUUGACCCAAAAAACUCUAAAAAUCCGAUAGUGUCCUUUACCCCCAGUGCGCUACCUCCUAAGACUAAGUCCCCUAACAACCAACCCACCACCACAAAUCAUCCUCCACCCCCUAUAGCAAAGCAAUCCAUGGCCACAAGACUAAGAGCUAAACAAGCCGAGCAUACAACCAGAAUUGACCUAACACCUCCAAAAAGGGUGACAAAACAAGGUUGUCCAGCUAUCAUGUUUAAGAGAGAAGACUACAUGGUUAAGAUGGCUGAAUCAUGUAAGUAUACUCUCAUAGGCAAGUUCUACAGUCCAAUGCCCAAGAUGGAGGAAGAUGGCAGGACAUCGAAUAUGAAGAUGUCCCCCUUUACUGUACUUACUGCAAACACCAAGGUCAUACUCCUCUUGCUUGCCCCGUCAGCAGAAGAGAUACAGAACGCAACAAGGCCAAAGACAAGGAAGAAGAGCCAAAGAAAGAUGCGUCGCCAAAAAUCACAGGUACCACUAGAAGAAACUACCACCACAAAUCAAGAAGGAAGUCGCAAAGCACAAGAGGACUCAACCAACCAAAACAGGAAUCAAAUCUCAAACAACCAAUGGGAAACCCAAAAACGAAGAAACUUCAAAGGUAAGACUCAAACUGUGCAAAACACCCAAACGAUACAAGGCAACACUCAACAGCACGAGCAUCAACCAGGUAUUGACUCAAUGCUCCUAAUCCCCCAUGGCUCCCCCAGUAGUUUUAAUGUAUUGAAUGUUUUAACUGCUGCUGCUGAAGUAGUUAACGGAGGUGAGGAUGGUGGGAUUCAGGAGAAGCCAACUAACCUGCAGGAAGGGCAUUCUUCUUCCCAGCAUGUUAAUAAAAGAGAUUCAGUUGAUGCUCAAAAAAUGGCCUCCAAACUGCCCCCUGCUGUGACCAUUGGAUGUGAGACCACAGUUGAUUCUGGAAGGCUUUCAAGUCCUUCUUUGAGAACUGAGCAGCAGCAGUUCAGGAGUGUAGAUGUAGGGGCAAACCAGAGCCAAAAAAUGACUCAACAGGUUGCUCAGAACCUGCAAGUCUUGGGAGGUUCUGCAACUGUUGGCUUGAGGGAAGCUAUACAUGUCCUGGAUGCUACUUCAGCUGCUACUAUGGAAGAAAAUAGGGUGCACAAUAGGGCCAUUCAGAUGCAGAAACAAAGACCUGCAGAUGCUCCUAUUCCCACCAAGAAAAUGACCAAUACUGCAGCCCCCUAUCAGCCUCAAAACUCCCAGGAAAAUAGGGUGCACAAUAAGGCUACCCAGAUGCAGGGAUCAAGACCUGCAGCUGCAGGUUUGGAGCAAAAUUUGCAUGGUUUUGGCCCUAUUUCAGCUUCUACUCUGAAGGAAAAGAGUGUGCAAGUUGUGGCCCCUAAACUAAUAUCAAUUCAGCACAACAGUCAAGGUGUAGAUCACACUGAAAAUGUUGAAAAUGACCAACAUUAUGGUUGCAGUUUCAGCAUUACUUCAAGUGAUCAAACCUCUAGUCUUAGUUCCCACCAAGUGCAACAUUCUAACUCCAAACAAAAAGACAAUGCAACCAUUAGUGGUAUAGAAUUCUCAGCUAGUCCUAGUCCCUAUAACCAGCAAGCUACCUCUAAAACACUACGGAAAAAGAGAACUAGAAAGAAGAAACAAGAAAAGAAGCAAGAAGCUGCAACCCCUACCCCUCCAACCACUGCUGAUACAGGUGGAAAAGAUAACAAUGGUGAGGUGUUUUCAAACUCUUGCUCACAAUAUGUACUCUUAGAUCAAAGCACACCAAUAAGGAGCCCUGAUUUUAGUUGUGAAGACCCUCUUAAUCUUACCCCUUUGAAUAUUCAGCCAGCUCCUUUUACGCAACCUGAAAAUGCCACCAACAUCCUUUGCACUAACAAUGAUGCUCAAACUUCAACUCCUGAUAGUGAUGAUGAAUAUGGGGUUAUUCAUUCGGAGGAUGAAUAUGACCAAGACUUUCAAGGUGAGGUUGAACUUGAGAAUGAAGAAGAGACUGAUGAACAGUCCAAUAGUAUAGCUGCACCAUCCAAGACCACUACUAAGGUCACGAAUGAUGAGAUGAACCAGCUAGCUAAUAAGCAAGGCCUAUCACCUAGAGGCAUUCAUCACAAUCCAAAAUUUACAACUAUUCAUGCUCCUAUUAGCAGACCAAACACUAGGCUCCACAACCUUAGAUCCCAUCAAUGA